CUGUCAUGUAUUAAUCUGUGGAACUUUUUACUUUUAAAUGUCAAUGCCAAUUCACAUGUUUGUUUUGAGGUUAGGCCACUUGAUUUCCGGCUACCUAGCCAAAUAUACAGCUCUCACAAUAGUCACCGUGUUAUCAUUAUUUUCGGACAUAAUGGUGGCGACGUAUGGUUAAAACAGUGAACAAUGGAUACAAAAGCAGUGAAAUUCGAUGUGUUCAACGCUCAGACUGACAAUUGGGACAUUUACUUAGAUCGGUUAAAGUUUUGUUUCGAGGCUAAUGGCGUCAUAUUGGACGCGGCAAAAAGGGCUAAUUUUGUGACAGUGUGUGGUGCGCGUGUGUAUGAGACAUUACUUGCGUUAAUAACACCGAGGAAAGUUUCUGAUUUGCCUUUCAGUGAGAUAGUGACUGUUCUUACAAGACAUUAUAGUCCAAAACCGAAUGAGAUUUCGGUGUCGUUUAAAUUCUACAAACGUGAUCAAGGACGUGGUGAAUUAGCGUCAGACUAUAUCGCACAAUUAAGAAAAUUAAGUUCGGGGUGCAAUUUUAAUGACUUAGAACGAAUGUUACGCGACAGACUUGUGUGCGGUAUGAGUGAUAGCAAAUUACAGUACGAACUGUUAAAACGUGACAAUUUGAGUUAUCAAGACGUAGUGGACGCCAUGUUAUCAUCGGAAAGUGCCGGACGGGACGUGCGCAUGAUUCAAGACGCUGCGAAUGCGGCGUCGAUGCCCACCACAACAGCGGCGCCCUACUUUGAGCAGCCCGUAGCGGAGCCGAUGGACGUAAACGCGGUUCAAACGAAAACAACUCGUCUAUGCUAUCGUUGCGGUGAUCGUCACCCUGGAGAGUGCCGUUUUAUCAAUGCAAUUUGCCGGUUUUGCAAGAAAAAAGGACAUCUAGAAAAAAUCUGUUUAAGCAAGAAGAAGAACAGUCGCGAUGUAAACUUCACUAGUGAACCGAGUGAUCGUUUGAACGGCAUCUACUGUGUGCAAAGUACUAGUCGCACACCGCCAUACGAGGUUGACGUAUUACUGGCGGGUGUCCCAGUCCGCAUGCAGGUGGACACGGGCGCCAGUUUCUCCAUCAUCAACGAGUACACCUGGAACGUGUUGCGCUCACGACUUGCGCGCGACGCACUACGCCCCGCAUCACUCACUUUACGCACUUGGACGGAGACACCGGUUCAAUUGCUGGGACAAGUCACUUUGUCAGUUUGCUAUAAAAACAAGGAGCAGAAUCUAUGUAUUAUAGUAGCUAAAGGAAAAGGACCUAACCUUCUGGGUCGUGACUGGUUGACGCCGCUUCACAUAUCAUUAAAUAUCAACUUUGUUUGCGACAACAAAUUGAUAGACAAGAUUAUAUCAAAACACCAAGAAGUUUUUCAAGAUGGAUUAGGUACAUAUCGUGGUAAUCCAGUCAAGAUACAUCUGAAACAAGGUAUGACACCUAAAUUUCUGAAAGCUCGGCCGGUACCUUUUGCAAUAAAAGACAGAGUAGAACGUGAAAUAGACAGACUGGUCAAAGAAGGAGUAUUAAGACCAACAUCUUUCUCCGACUGGGCUACACCAGUAGUGCCAAUAGUUAAGAAAACAGGAGAGAUUAGAUUAUGUGGAGACUAUCGCAGUACUGUAAACGCAGCUACCGAAUCAGACACUUUCCCCAUGCCCACAUCUAAUGAGGUAUUUGCAACCAUAGCCGGAGGGAAAUGUUUUACAACUCUAGAUUUAGACAGAGCGUACACACAGGUGGUAGUGGAUGAAGAAACGUCAAAACUUCUCACACUCAAUACGUGCAAAGGACUUUACACAGUACAUCGCUUAGCUUUUGGAGUUAAAGCAUGUCCGGGAAUUUUCCAACGCCUUAUGACAUCCUUGUUGGCAGGCAUCCCUGGAGUUGCAGUCCUGAUUGAUGACAUAAUUGUCUCUGGUUGCUCAAGUAUGGAAAUGGAGGCCAGACUGGACACAGUUUUAGACCGAAUUAAACGUGCAGGACUACGACUUAACAAGACCAAAUGCAAAUUUGCCAGAGACAGUGUAGAGUUUCUAGGCUUUAGAAUAGACUCAGAAGGCAUUCACCCUGCACUAAAUAAGGUGGACUCCAUAAUUAACACACCGGAGCCUAAAAAUAAGCAUGAGCUUCAAGCAUUUCUCGGACUAUACAGGGUGACUUUUGUAUCAGUAUCCAAAUUUUAUUCAGACAUUAGCGAGUACAGAUACUGCGCGGGCGCCACUUUCCCGCGCGACAUGAGCAUAUCAGCGGCGGCGCGUAACAUCGUGGCGACGGGCGCGCCCAGCGCCCGCGGACUGUAG